CUCCUUUCCACUUUACCACUCUCUCAAAUCCUUUAAAUUUGGCACCAUCCCUCAUCACUAGCUAACUUGUUCUUCGAAUCCCAAUUGUUGAUUAGAUUUAAAUCUUCUUCCCAAGCAGUCGAUCCAAAGAACUUAAGAGAUGGAAGAAGGACAACAGUUAGAGAGAUGGGAAGGCUAUGUAGACUGGAGGAACAGACCAGCUUUGAGAGGCCACCAUGGGGGCAUGCUUGCUGCCUCCUUCGUUUUAGUGGUGGUGGUAUUGGAGAACCUGGCAUACCUAGCCAAUGCAAGCAACCUGGUCCUGUACUUCUCCAUGUUCAUGCACUUAUCACCCUCCCUAUCAGCCAACAUGGUGACCAAUUUCAUGGGGACUGCCUUCCUCCUAGCUCUUCUUGGGGGCUUCCUGGCUGAUGCUUUCUUCACUACUUGUCACAUCUAUUUGAUAAGUGCAGUUAUUGAGUUCCUGGGGCUGAUAAUACUCACAGUGCAAGCUCGCACACCGUCUCUGAUGCCACCAACCUGCGACACGGCCAACCGGAACAUUCCAUGCCAACAAGUAUCGGGUGGCAAGUCAGCCAUGUUGUUUGUGGGGCUUUACCUGGUGGCACUGGGCGUUGGAGGAAUUAAAGGGUCGCUAACUACACACGGUGCUGAGCAAUUUGAUGAGGCCACCCCACAGGGACGGAACCAGAGAUCCACAUUCUUCAAUUACUUCGUCUUCUGCCUCUCCUGCGGUGCUCUCAUUGCCGUUACUUUUGUCGUCUGGAUUGAAGACAACAAAGGCUGGGUAUGGGGUUUUGGGGUCUCCACGAUUGCCAUAUUCCUCUCCAUUCCUGUCUUCCUCUUUGGUUCAACCACUUAUCGCAACAAGAUCCCUACUAGAAGUCCUCUUACAACCAUAUUCAAGGUCUUGAUUGCAGCAAUGUGCAAUGGUAGAUGCUUUACAAAGAGCCCAAGCAAUGCCAUCACAAGCAUGGUGACAAGCCCUCCCUACACAACCGAAGCUGAUGAGUUGAAAGAGGAGACUGAUGAGAAAGUUAGAACUCAGACCCCAACCCAGACCCUCAAGUUCCUUAACAAAGCUGUUAAAAGCAAUCCUGUCCACCCAGCACUAGAAUGCACCGUGGAGGAUGUUGAAGCUGUCAAAAUAGUAAUCCAUGUUCUCCCAAUUUUUGCUUGCACCAUCAUGCUUAACUGCUGCCUUGCACAGCUCUCUACCUUUUCUGUCCAACAAGCAGCCACCAUGAACACCAAGCUUGGCUCCAUGAAGAUCCCUCCAGCUUCGCUCCCAGUCUUCCCUGUCCUCUUUAUCAUGAUCCUCGCACCUAUUUAUGACCAAAUCAUCAUUCCAUUCGCAAGGAGAAUAACAAAAACAGAGACGGGGAUAUCUCAUCUGCAACGGAUCGGUAUAGGGCUGAUUCUCUCUAUUGUGGCAAUGGUGGUGGCAGCUUUGGUGGAGAUCAUGCGGAAGCGGGUUGCUACCCACUUGGAGCUGAUUGGCUCUGAAGAACCUUUACCCCUUACAUUAUUUUGGAUUGCCCUGCAAUACUUGUUCCUUGGGUCUGCAGAUCUGUUCACAUUGGCCGGUCUGCUGGAAUUCUUCUUCACCGAGGCACCUUCAAGCAUGAGAUCCUUGGCAACAGCCCUUUCCUGGGCAUCGUUGGCCAUGGGUUACUACCUCAGUUCAGUGCUGGUAUCGAUAGUCAAUGGUGUCACUGGUACCUCGCAUCACAAACCAUGGCUACAAGGUACCAACUUGAAUCAUUACCACCUUGAUUGGUUCUACUGGACGUUGUCCGUGCUAAGUGGACUGAAUUUCUUGCACUAUCUCUUCUGGGCCAACCGCUACAAGUAUGGAUCAACAAAAGCUGGUAACUAGGAGAUUUGGAGAUGUACAAGAUGAGAUGUAGAGCAGCAACUUCAUAGGUGGCCUCUUGUCCAUGUUAACCUCCUCAUCUGCAGUAAAUAUGCUUGAUGAUGCAUCGGGAUCUUCCUUGGCUCUGCCAUUAAGAGAACAAAUAACCAUCCCGGUUUAUUAUUUCUGAAAUAGUUACACAAGUUAGGCACCCUUACCUUGUAUUGUAGGCUAUAUCCUCGAACAAAUCUUGUUUGAGAACAGUUCCUUUUGUUUUGUCAAAAAUUCCAGUAUUUAAUGAUGGUUCAUGGGAAUUAUUCUUGUCA